UCUUUUCUAAUAAGCUUGUUUUAGGAUGACUGGGUGAUUGAAGCCAUUUUAAAGAUCCGGACUCCUACUAAACACAACUGUUCUGAAACCCAAACUACAGAUGAAGGAAACCUCUCCAGUGUUGGGAAUGGAUUGAAUGAGGAAAGGAAGUCGGUUGUUGAGAAGAGGAAGGAGGAGAUCCUAAAACCACCAGAUCCAUCUCACCCUAGUCCGGGACGUAGAGGACGGCCUCCUAAAUUAAAAAAGGUGGUUGUACCUAAAGUGAAAGCAGUGAUUGAGAAGGAUGUAGAUUCUUGUGUAACUACAUCUAUUCAUCCAACUGCAUCAGCUCCUCCAGUAAUAAAUAAUGUAGAUGAUCCCGCUCCAGGAGUAUCUUCAUCCUCUUCUACACCAAACGCUGCUAUUAACCAGAAGAACGGGUUGGCACCUAGCCCUGCUCCUCCCCCUCCAGCAAGUGAUAUCAAUGUUACACCCAAAUCUUCUCUAAAACUAAAAAUUCUGAAAACCUUGAACGGAACUAUGUAUUCUGAAGUUGAGGAGAAUGCUGUUUCUUCUCAAUGUACUGUUGGUCGAAAAGAAACUGAUGUAAGCUCAUCCACUCCUACUCUCACUAUAGAUCAGAAUUUCAAGAGUUCUCCUCUCCCAGCUCCUGCUGCAACUUGCAUUAUUGAAUCCUCUUAUCCUAACCUGGAAACCCAGAACACCCAGCCUGAAGUAAAACUAGAAAAUACUGAAUCUUUAAACCCCUUGGUAGUAUUAAACGAAGAAGGAUUGAAACUAGUUGAAGAGAAAUAUGUUGACCUUGAAAUUGAUGGAAAUAAGACUCAGGCUCAACCCUCUCCAUCAGAGGUGUCGGAUCUGACUGAACCUGUGAACUCUAAAACUCAGGAGACUUCUACGACCUCAAACCGGACGCCCCAGGUUCAAAUGCCUUUAGUGAAACCUGCUGAUCCACGUCAAACUAUUUACAAGUUCAGAUGCUCCAACUGUACUCUGACGGAUCACUCUAAGGAUAUCAUCGACAUGCAUGUAAACAACAAAAUCUGUCUCAGAGAAUCAUCAUUGCCGAUCAAAACCAAAAAACAAAUUCUGCGGCUAAAGCUUGAACCCUGCCGUUUAGAUGAGUCCCAGGAACAUUACCUUAUAAGUUUGUCUAACCCUGACAGGUUUGAUUGGAUUGAUGUAGACGCAACCCUACCCGACGGAUGGAAAUACACUGAUAAACUAAACAGUAAAGGAGAAUGCUACCGGAUAUAUUUAUCCCCUGCUCGUCAAUUAUUCACCUCAAGGGAUGAUAUUGCUCAACAUCUUCUGUCUACUGAAGUCAAGUUGGCCAGGAUAGCAGGAUACUCGAACCAAGAAACCUAUAUUUAUUCUACCACUGAUCCGAACAGGCUAAAGAAGCAUAUUAAACUGCAUUUUGUUCCUGAUUAUCAUAUAAAAGAAAAAAUUCGGGACAAAAAUCCGCGGAACCUUGACCGAACAUACUUCAGUCCUGUCACAUUCACCUACAAAGCACCAAGAAACGUAACUGCAGUUCGACCAUGGGUUCUCCUGGUAGAUGAUAUUCAGGAAUCAGUUGAAGACCUUAUUCCUGUUGGUAAACCUCAAUCCAGGGAGGAGUUAAAACUGGUCAAACCUGUAAAGUCUACAUUAAAGCGUAAAAGACCAUCUAAUGAUACAGAGAAUGCUGAACCCAUGAAAAAGCUGAAGGAGGUUGGUGUCCGGAGAACCUUGGAUAAUCAGGAAACUCCGAGAAAUAUUAGAAAUGUUCGUGGAGGAACUGAUACUGCUUUAUAUGUUCAAUGUUGUAACAAAACCUGUGAGACAUGGAGACAGGUUCCAGAUUUCAAGGAUCCCAGCGAGGUUCCCGAUUACUGGGUUUGCUCAAUGAAUAAAGAUGUGAUGAACCGUGUUUGUGGAAAGGGCGGAAGCCAGUUUACUUCAGGAUCUCAGGUCAAGAUUAAAUACCCCCGAGGAACCCUAGUCUGGGCCAAACUGAAGGGAUAUCCCUGGUGGCCAGGAAUAAUUGAUCAUAGUUCUGGAUGCGAUGAGUUCUACUGGAUCGAUGAGAAGAUUAGCACAGUCAAUCCAACUAGAUACAACGUCAUGUUCUUUGAGAAGAAGAACGAAUUUUCAUCUGCAUGGAUUCAAGCUGAGAAUAUUAAACAGGAUCAAGAUCAGUCUCCGCUUCCUAACUCUGUCUUGUCUCCGGAGGUGAAGGAGGAGCUAGACGAGGCUAUGGCAAGGCUUCGAGAAUCUAGAAAGUUCUCCUUGGAAGAGAGGUUGAGUGGAGUAACUUCUUCCGGUAAGAAUCUGAGUACAAGGAAACCUAUCAACGAUCCGAAUAUUUCGACUGUAACUGCGUCUAAAUCAAUUCCUGAAAAAAUCAGUGUGGAUAAAGACGCAUCGACUUCAAAGAAACCCGUUGAGAAACCAAAUACCAAAUACGCCGAGACGGAGACGGUUAAACCGGAGCAGCUUUUCUCUAAUUGUAACCCGGCAUGGGAGAAGGUUUACAAUAAACCACCUCUACCCUCUGAUGUUUUAAUCACCUUGGCAGUUCGGAACCUGGACCCGGAGAACCACAGUGGAGCUUCCUUCUCCAGUAUAGUUGCGUUCUUAACCCUCCACUUUCCAUACUUUAACAGGAACAUAGAGGAGUGCAAGGAUAUGGUUAGGAAAGCUUACGAUAUAAACUCCAAGGAGGAGACAGGGAAGGAAAACUUCAGGAUAAAGAAUAGUUUGAUUGAACAGCUCUCAGGGAGAAUAAAAACAUAUAUCAGCAAGUACAGAGUGUUGGUUCAAGAAUCGAUGAUGUACCAGGAGUUCUUGGAUACCCUAGUUCAGAGGUUUGUUCAGCAAAAAGAAAAUAUUCCUGCUAAAAAUAUUCGUCCCCCGUACAGUCUCAAGAUGCUUAUCAGUCUCUCCAUGAUCUCCCUGUAUCCUCCGAUAUCCCUGGAGCAGAUAUUUCUCUUCCUAACCUUCCUGUUCCCCUACCUUUCCGGGACUACCGGCAAAUCAACCUUUAAACGGGACGAUUUUCUCAAGGAGAUCAACGAGGAUCCUAAUAUUGAAGAGAUCGUGAACAAGAAAGGAGAAAGCUUCUAUUUGCUCCGGGAUGGAACCUAUCCCAUGGUAUUGAACGAAGUGAGAAUUUUCUUCUCCUUGAAGAGUAACAAUGACAGGAUGAACAAGAGUAUCUACAAGGUUGAGUAUAUAAAUCUUCUUCUACCAAACCUACCGGCCAGUAAUCUGGAAUCCUAAGGGUAGGUCAAGAUGGAAGAAGAAAUGGCAAUGUAAAAUAUUUCUUGGGUUCAUAUAAAAAAUUCGACCAUUUUUUCUGUAAUCUUUAAAUUUGACUAAAAUAACAAACAAAAUAUGUUAUUUUUUACUAUGUAUAUUGAAUACACAUAUUUACCACUU